AUGACAGCCACAGCAACUCGGACGAUCCUGGACGACUUGUGCUCGUCGUACCUGCCAUUCGACGCCGCAUCGCCCGUAUGGUCAGACGUAACGCCGACACCACAACUCGAAUCGUCCUCCCCCAUGUGUCCGAUCCUGUACGCUCCAGACUACUCGUCCGCCAUGUCGCUCUAUCGCACACUCACCUCGUCGAAUCAUGAAUCCACGCUCGCCUCUCCGCUUGCGGGGCUCGAGCUCUCAGCGCGUGCUCUCGCUCUAACCACCCACCUGAUCAAGCUCAACGCAUCACAUUUCAGCGUUUGGCAGUAUCGAGCACAGAUCCUCCUGCAUUCGUCGCAAUUCGAGGCCCAACGCUCCGAUAUCCUGCGUGCCGAACUCGCGUGGUUGGACGAUCUGGCACAUAGUAACAUGAAGUCAUACCAGGUGUGGCAGCAUCGACGAUUGGUGGUUGCGGCGCUAGGCGAUCCGGAUGGCGAACUUAGGUUUGUGCAGGAAAACCUGCAACGCGAUGCCAAGAACUACCAUACGUGGGGAUAUCGGCAGUGGAUCCUGGCGCAUUUUGGCGGUCUCACUUUGGCGAGUUCGAGCAAUGUGGCAAGUAAAGGCGCGGGAGAGUUCAAGCAGCUUUGGGAUCGAGAGGCACAGUACGUAGACGAAUUGCUGCGAGAGGAUGUGAGGAAUAAUUCGGCAUGGAACCAUCGCUGGUUUGUGCAUUUCAGCCGGUACGGUCUGACGGGUAACAGGAGCAUGACAAGCAUCGACCAUCUGGACAUCGAGUCUAUCGAAAAGACGAUCAAGUUCGAAAAGGCAUAUGUGCGCACAUGGCUGUGCAGCGUUCCCAACAACGCGUCGGCGUGGUCGUAUCUGCGUGCACUGCAUACCGCGUUUCCGCAGGCAUUGAGGUCUUCCAUGUGCCACAGUCUGGGUUGGGUCAAAACGUUGGUUUCGAGUGAGCAAGAGGCGAAACGCGAUGCGAGUGUCGACGCAAUGGGUAGGGCCUGCGUGGGCGCUUUGGAGUGGUGGUUUGACUGUCUGGUAGAACAGACAGAACACGCAGACCAGACACAGAACGAGCGCUUGUUGCAACAGGCUGAAUUGCUGGUGCAGAGGCUGUGCGUCGCGGAUUCAGUUCGAACGAGGUUCUGGGCGUAUCGGCUCAAGAGUUUGCGUCGGACUCUGCAGCAACGCUAG